AGAGAGAGAGAGAGAUUGUGGGGGGCUUGGCUGGGAGGCUGAGGAGGACCGUGGACCUGAUCGCAGAAGAAGAAGCAGCAACAUCAGAAGAAGAAGAAAGAAGGCGCUCCAUCCGAUACUUGCUCGCCACCAACAACCGCUCAGGCUCGUUCGGGUGGCGGACGGUCGUGGGACGCUGCGGCGGGGUUCGUGCAGGCAGGGAUUCCCCCCUCAGCCGUGUUCCUCCUGCUUCAGCCCAGUCACCAGGGGAGGGAGGUGGAGCAGGUGGGAAGGACUUCCUACCCCUCACCUCAUUUGGCCUGACCGCCACCAGCCCCGCCACCAUGAACUACCUUCGCCGGCGCCUGUCAGACAGCAGCUUCGUGGCCAACCUCCCCAACGGCUACAUGAUGGACCUGCAAAGGCCCGCCCCCCCGGGCUCAUCCACGUCGUCGCCUGCCUCCCCGGCCACGGAGCGGCGGCAGCCCCCGUCCUUCCCUACCAGCCAGACCCAGGGCCCGAGCCCAGGCCCAGGCUCUGGCGCGGGCUCGGGGAGCUUCCUCAGCUCCUUCUCCAGCGUGGUGAAGAGCGCUCAGAUGGCUCAGAACGUUGCUGCGGCCGCGCACGCCAAGUCGGCGGCGGGUGGGUCCACCGAAGGGGCCCCUGCUGGGAGCGGCCCGCCAGCCAAACCCGUCAUCCGCAAACCCAAGAUCCUGCUGGUUGUUGAUGACCAGCACACAGAUUGGGCCAAGUAUUUCCGAGGGAAGAAGCUGAACGGCGAGUACGAGAUCCGAGUGGAACAGGCAGAAUUCUCAGAGAUCAACCUGGCUUCUUACGUCAGUUCGGGAUGUAUGGUGGACAUGCAAGUCAAUAAAGGAGGCAGCAAAGUGGUCAGGUCGUUCAAGCCGGACUUUGUCCUGGUCCGGCAGCACGCAUACAGCAUGCUCCCCGGUGAGGACUUCAGGAAUCUUGUGAUCGGCCUGCACUUCGGUGGCGUGCCGAGUCUGAACUCGCUCUUCUCCAUCUACAACUUCUGCAGCAAGCCUUGGGUGUUUUCUCAGAUGAUUAAGCUCUACCACUCCCUGGGUCCAGAGAAAUUCCCCCUGAAUGAACAGACUUUCUAUCCCAACCACAUGCAGAUGGUGGCGACUCCCUCCUACCCUGUGGUGGUGAAGAUGGGCCACGCUCACGCCGGCAUGGGGAAGAUUAAGGUGGAGAGCCAGCAGGACCUCCAGGACAUCACCAGCGUGGUGGCGCUGGCGGGGACGUACGCCACCACCGAGCCCUACGUCCAGUCCAAGUACGACAUCCGCAUCCAGAAGAUCGGCGGCAACUACAAGGCUUACAUGAGGACGUCCAUCUCCGGCAACUGGAAGGCCAACACGGGCUCGGCCAUGUUGGAGCAGAUCGCCAUGACGGACAGAUAUCGGCUGUGGGUGGACUCCUGCGCCGCGAUGUUUGGUGGCCUAGACAUCUGUGCUGUGAAGGCCGUCCAUGGAAAAGAUGGCAACGACUAUAUUAUCGAGGUGAUGGACAGCUCCAUGCCCCUGAUCGGUGAGCACGUGGAGGAAGACAAACAGCUGAUCACAGAGCUGGUCAUCAACAAGAUGGCUCAGGUGCUGCUGGGGGUGGCCACACCUCAGCCUUCCUCCGUCAAGACCUCGCAGCCCAGACGAGGAGGACACCGCUCCGCUUCCGCCUCCCCGUCCCAGUCCGCCCAGGGUUCACCUCAGCGGGCGCGCUCGGCCACCACCUCUCCCAGCCAGGCCUUCCAGCCCGGUCCCAUACCGGCCCCUUCUGGCCCCGGGGCUCAGAAACAGUCACCGCAGCUGAACAAAUCCCAGUCGCUGACCAACACCUUCACAGAGACGUUGCGAGGAAGCCUGACCGACGACGAGGCCAAAGCCGAGACCAUCCGCAGCCUCCGGCAGUCCUUCGCCAGCCUCUUCUCAGACUAAACGCCUGCCCCAGAAGCUUCCUCUUCCUGUUAGAUCAUCAGGUUUGAAAACAAAAGUCAAGUUCAGGAGGCUUCUUCCUCCUCCAACCCUCAGCUCUCCGUCCUAAUCUUUACAUAGUUCAGUUGAUUUAAAGGCUCUUGAUGAAGACUGUCCGCUAGAAUGUGUCGAUUGAAGAUGUCAUAUUAUUAAAGCUGAUGUGUUUUGCCAUUUUUUUUAACGACACAAGGAGAAACUCUCAUAAUGUCACUGCAGCUGUAUCCAUGUCUCCGCAAUACCCAUAAUUCUCUGUUUCACUCCAUUGUGCUCGUGUUAGAGGACAUUUCCAGACGUCGGCCUUUCUAGCAGCAGCCAAUAAUUAUUAGCUCUCACUAAUCUGGUUUGUAGUCGUUUUCCCGCGUUCUGUUCCACCAAACAAGUCGACUAUCUUUCAACAUCCGCUCAGUUAUUCUCCAUCGUUUUUAAUUGGCACACAGCUUCCUGCUGUGCAGUUUAACGGCAAUACGUUGUAUUGGACACAUCCUCACGGGUCACCAGCGAUCUUUCGAGUGUCUCGCCAGCAGCAGCAGCAGCAUUUCUCAGACAUCCGUGUGCUGGAGAUAACUAUUGGCUCACGUAGCGGCUCCUCUACCUUGGCCAAACAUGACCAAAGCACUUAAAAAAAAAAAGAAAACGUUUCUCGCCUCUAACAGCUCACGAAAACAAUCACCCAGCGGAGCAGCUUUCGGGCUCGUGAUUUCACGUGGCUCCGAGCCGCCGUCUUCCAUCACAGCUCAGAUCUGCCCCUGCAGUUGUUGUUCUUGUAAAUAGCACUAUAGUGUUUUCUGUGGGGGGGAUUGGUAUCAUAGUUACUAGGGCUGUGUGUUGAAAGGCCCUGAGGACGUAAUAUUCCUCUAAUGCCGGUUAACGAUGAUUGGAUAACAACACACACAUCCAAUAUAUUCAUUCCUUUCCAUUCGUUCUCUUUGGAACCGCAAGUAAACAAAUGUUGUGUGUAAAACCGUGCUAUACAAUCACACCUUUAAUCACCUGCAGUUUACGUUGCUCCUUUUAAAAGAUCAGGAUCCCACACGACCAAACACGCGUUCCUCCUGUUGGUUUGUACAGUAAGCAGGAACAAAUCAUGAUGACGAUGAGGAAGGAGUUAAAGUACUGUACUGUGUUCAGUACACAGACGCUUAAAUGGACCUGUUUGUGAUUCCAAAGUUUAAGGGAUAUUAUUUAAAUGCAUGACGCUGUGCUAGGUUUUAUACAGUAGUGCCGUGUGUGUGCGUGUGUGUGUAAAGCUGUAGAGUUAUUAUCAUUAUACCAGUGAUUCAUCCACAAAAUGAACUGUCCCAUUUUUGCAAUAAUCACUUUCUGUGUUAUUUUGUGUUGAAUCUAUGAAGCUUAGCACUUGAAGGGAAGUUUUUUUUAUAGAUUUUAGCCUUAGAUAUUAGUGACUUCUUUUUGUUGACCAGGCCUCAGAAUAUUAAUAUAAUAAUAGUUUACAAUAUUAAUACAAUACAGGCUUCUCCUUGACCUUGAAAGUAACCUCACAGCUUAGUAAUCUACAUUCAUUACUUGUAACAGCUAACGUGAAGGAGUCGUUGCACGUUUUCUGCACAUUUCUGCUUUUGGAAUACAAACGGUACAAACCUCCGAGCCCUUUACACGCAGCGCGUCUCCCACUGCGGUCCUAUGCACGCCAUCCAGCAUCAGGACGUUUGUGCCGUUCGCAUUUCGCCCAUAACCAUCAUUUCACAGAGUGAAUCCGAGCGAAAUUCACCUCAACACUGUAAAAAGGACCAAAUCAGCGUCACUAAGCGAGACCCCCGUCGUUCAUUUAGGGUGUGAUAAGCCAUAAUCGAACCACCAGGAUGCACUAACCCCCUCGUGCCACGCAAUAACGGCCGCCAGGACGCACGUUAGCUUCCAUUAGCCGUGUCCGUUGGCGUCGAAGAGCGGCCUAGCCUGCGAAAUCCAGAUUUGGAUUCUCAACGGGUCCCCCUGUCGGGACGGAAGGUGGCCUGAGGCUUUACUGAUGUCACUCCUGUCUAGUUCUUACCGCACUUCCAGCCGACGCCACACUUCCCGUGUCUUCUGGUGACAUUCGAUCUCGCUCGAACCGCUUGUCGCUACCUCAGAGUUCAGCAGCGGUAGUGCUGGAGGAGCAGAGCCGGCUCGAGGCACCGGACGGUGUAGUGUCUGUGUCGUCCACUGCAAUGCUCCGCGAUUCCAGGCUCUCAGGGGUCCCAAAGGUCAGCAGAACAUCUUCCACCCGAAACCCGUCGGUGUAACGGAUAUUACUGUGAUGUUCUCACCCAUUCCAUCCCAUGUUUGCUCCCAUCCUUUAAUUAAAAGACCACGCAAUACUCUGCUCUGGGUUUUUGUUCAUUGAUUUGUUUGCAAAUGAGUGGGUUGAGCCCCAGGCUCAGCUCUGGGCGAUGUUGAGCAGCCACAGAGACUGGAGCUAACGCUGCAAACGUGGGAGGCCGCUCCUCCGGUCCACUGUGUCGCUUCCUCCCUGCUGAACGGCGGCUGGUGUCGUGCCGUACUUUUAAGUGUAUUAAUGUUCUGUAUAUCGGUGUAAGUGUGGCAUGAAAACCGACCCCUCUCGUGUGCCUCAGGUGUGUAACAUUUUGGUCGUCACGUGAUCUUCUAUGUCCGGCUGCUUAUCUGUGAGACGUGUGAUGCAUCUCAUGUGUUUCUGUAAUUUAUGAGUGUUAAAUUAUUCCUUUUUUUGUUUCUUUCUUUCUUUUUCUGUCAUUGUGUCUGAAAAAAUUCUGAGAUUUAUGUUAUUAAAAGUAUCAACUUUUAUUACA